AUGUUCCAGCGUGACCCUCGAGCUGGCGUAUUCCUUGGUGGAGAUCGUGUCUCGGGACAAGAAAUUCGCGAUCAGAAUGUCACGGCAGCCCUGGCAAUCUCCAACAUUGUAAAGAGUUCUCUGGGACCUCUUGGAUUGGACAAGAUGCUCGUGGACAAUAUCGGCGAAGUCACCAUAUCAAACGAUGGUGCUACUAUUCUAAGCUUACUACACGUCGAGCACCCUGCUGGGAGGAUAUUUGUAGAUCUUGCUCAGAAACAAGACAAGGAAGUCGGCGAUGGCACUACAUCGGUCGUCAUCAUUGCCGCAGAGCUACUGAGAAGAGCAAACGACCUCGUCAAGAUGAAAAUUCAUCCAACGACAAUCAUCACCGGCUACCGCCUCGCCUGCAAAGAGGCGUGCAAAUUCAUGAUGGAGCAAUUGAGCCACAAGGUCGACGCGUUGGGUCGCGAUACACUUAUCAACGUCGCAAAGACGAGCAUGUCGAGCAAGAUUCUCGGAAGCGACGACGACUUUUUUGCUCCCAUGGCCGUAGAUGCCAUGCUUGCAGUCAAAACGAUCACCCAGCGUGGUGACAUUCGAUAUCCGGUCAAGGCUGUCAAUGUACUAAAAGCUCAUGGCAAGAGUGCCCGAGAGUCCAUCUAUGUCAAGGGAUACGCGCUCAAUUGCACUGUUGCAAGUCAAGCGAUGAAGACGCGCAUCCAAAAUGCAAAGAUUGCCUGCGUCGAUAUCGAUUUCCGUAAACAACGCAUGCAUCUGGGGAUUCAAUUACAAGCAGACGAUCCAGAACAGCUAGAAGGAAUGAGAAGACGAGAGUCGGAGAUUGUCCUCGAGCGCGUUCGCAAGAUUCUCGCUGCCGGUGCCAAUGUCGUCUUGACAGCCCGAGGGAUCGAUGAUCUCUGUCUGAAAGAGUUUGUCGAGGCGGGCGCCAUGGCCGUGCGUAGAUGUCGCAAAGAGGACCUACGCCGUAUUGCAAAAGCGACUGGAGGCACUCUCGUCUCCAGUCUGGCAAACCUUGAUGGUGAGGAGACUUUUGAAGCGAGCAAUUUGGGCACAGCAGAGGAAGUCGUCCAGGAGCGUAUCUCUGACGACGAACUCAUUCUCAUCAAGGGCACCAAGUCUGUCAGUUCGUCAUCCAUCAUUCUCCGAGGAGCGAAUGAUUACAUGCUUGAUGAGAUGGAACGCGCUCUCCACGACUCGCUCUCCAUCAUCAAGCGUACACUGGAGAGCGGCUCUGUCGUUCCCGGUGGAGGAGCCGUCGAAACCGCACUCAACGGUUCCCGCGAACAACUCGCCAUUGCCGAAUUUGCCAACGCGCUCUUGGUCAUCCCUCGAACGUUGGCGGUCAACGCAGCCAAGGAUUCAACCGAGCUGGUCGGAAAGCUGCGCGCGUGCCACUACGCCUCGCAGACGGCGCCAAAGGGAGACCGACGCAAAGCAGGGAUGCGCUACGGGCUAGACUUGCUCAACGGCGAGAUUGUCGACAAUGUCUCUGCGGGUAUCCUCGAGCCGACGAUGAGCAAAGUCAAGAGUCUCAAGAGCGCAUACGAGGCAGCUGUCAGCUUACUCCGCAUCGACGACGCCAUCGCUGUCGCACCUGGUACGUAA